GCUUCGCCGGUUGCCGGGAGAACCCGUGACAACAAAAGGCGCGGACUGCGGCGGCGGCGGCGGCGCGGUGGAAGGAAACCGAGGAGUUCUGCGCUGCGCUCGCCGCCGGGACGGGCUUUCUCUGGCCGGAGUCCAGAUCUUAUGUAAAAUGGAUGGCUCUCACACUAGACACUGAAUGUUAAGUAGAAAAUCUGUUAGGAAAAUCUAAGCUGCCAUGGAGGAAAUACCAGUAAAAGUUGCUGUAAGAAUUAGACCUCUGCUAUGCAAAGAAGUUCUUCAUAAUCAUCAAGUUUGUGUGAGAGUUAUUCCAAACACCCAGCAAAUUAUCAUUGGGAGAGACAGAAUCUUUACUUUUGAUUUUGUUUUUGGCAAAAGUUCCACUCAAGACGAAGUUUAUAAUACGUGCAUAAAGCCACUAGUGUUAUCCCUCAUUGAAGGCUAUAAUGUAACUGUUUUUGCCUAUGGACAGACUGGAUCUGGGAAGACAUACACCAUCGGAGGAGGCCAUGUUGCUUCAGUUGUAGAAGGUCAAAAGGGUAUCAUUCCUCGAGCUAUCCAAGAAAUAUUUCAAAACAUCUCCGAAAAUCCUAGCACUGACUUUAAAAUAAAAGUUUCUUAUAUAGAAGUAUAUAAGGAAGACCUAAGAGAUCUUCUAGAAUUGGAGACAUCUGUGAAGGAUCUUCACAUCCGAGAAGAUGAAAAAGGAAACACAGUGAUUGUCGGGGCCAAGGAAUGCCAGGUGGAGAGUGCAGAUGAAGUGAUGAGCCUCCUGGAGAUGGGCAAUGCAGCCAGGCGUACAAGUACCACCCAAAUGAAUGAACACUCCAGUAGAUCACAUGCAAUUUUUACAAUCAGCAUUUGUCAAGCUGAAAAAAAUACAGAGGCAGCUAAAGAUGGAUCAUGGUCUUCCCGUCAGCAUAUUGUCUCAAAGUUCCAUUUUGUGGAUUUGGCUGGAUCAGAAAGAGUAACGAAAACAGGGAAUACUGGUGAACGGUUCAAAGAAUCCAUUCAGAUCAACAGUGGGUUGCUGGCUUUAGGAAAUGUAAUAAGUGCUCUUGGGGACCCACGCAGGAAGAGUUCACAUAUUCCGUAUAGGGAUGCUAAAAUUACCCGGCUUCUGAAAGAUUCUCUGGGAGGCACUGCCAAGACUGUCAUGAUUACUUGUGUCAGCCCAUCGUCCUUCAAUUUUGACGAAUCCUUAAAUUCUCUCAAAUAUGCCAAUAGAGCACGCAACAUCAGGAACAAACCCACCUUAAACUUCAGCCCUGAGUCAGACCGGAUGGAUGAAAUGGAAUUUGAGAUUAAGUUGCUUCGAGAAGCUUUGCAAAGUCAGCAGGCUAGUAAUAGCCAAACCAGCCAGAUCCAUCGAGAGGGGACUCCUGAUAACAGGAUCCUUUCUCUCGAGGAACAAGUAGCUCAGCUCCAAGGAGAAUGUCUGGGUUACCAACACUGUAUAGAGGAAGCCUUCACACUCCUGGUGGAGUUAAAGGACACUGUCAGUCUAAACCAAAAGCAGCAACAGAAGCUGCAGGAGUGGUUUAACAUGACCCAGGAGGUCAGGAAGGUGAUCCCCAGCUCAUUCAGAGGAAGCUGCGGCAUGGGAAACCUGGAAGAAGGACCACAGCAUAUUAGAGUUAACCAACUGAAGCGAGAGCUGAAGAAAUGCCAGAAUGAAAAAAUAAUAGAACAACAACUUCUGGAUCAACUGAGUGGAGAACCAACAAAACUUACCCUGUCAAUGACUUCUUCAGCUAAGGAAAUUUGUGGAGAUGGGCCAGAUGCCAGGAUACCAGAAAAGAGACCAUAUACUGUACCGUUUGAUGCUCGUUUGGGACGUUAUAUUUAUAUCCCAGAAAGAUCAGAUGCCAGGAAGGUCUACACAAGUCCUUCUGUGUACUCUCUGGAUCGAGUAGUUGCUGGAUUUCGAACACGAAGUCAAAUCCUGCUGGGUCACAUAGAAGAACAAGAUGAAGUCCUCCACUGCCAAUUUUCUGAUAACAGUGAUGAUGAAGAAUCAGAAGGCCAAGAGAAAUCUGAAAUUAGACAUAGAAAUCACUCAUGGAUUCAGAAGCCAGACUCUGUUUGUUCCCUUGUUGAAUUGAAUGAUAUUCAUGAUCAAACACAAAAGUCAAGUUUGGGGAAUGAAGAUUUAAAGAUUGAAUGUCUUCAGGAGAGUCAAGAGUUGAAUUUGCAAAAAUUAAGGCAUUCAGAACUCAUACUUACUGAAGCUAAACAAAAAAUAAGAGAACUUACAAUUAACAUCAAUAUGAAGGAAGAUCUGAUUAAAGAAUUAAUGAAAACAGGUAAUGAUGCCAAGUCUGUAAGCAAACAGUAUUCUCUGAAAGUAACAAAACUUGCCCACGAAGCAGAACAGGCAAAAGUGGAAUUAAUUGAGACAGAAAAGCAGCUACAGGAACUGGAAAACAAAGAUCUGUCUGAUGUUGCUUUGAAAGUGAAAUUACAGAGGGAGUUCCGUAAAAAGAUGGAUGCCGCAAAGCUGAAAAUCCAGGUCUUACAGAAGAAGCAACAAAAUAGUAAGAAGUUGGCAUCACUUUCAAUCCAAAAUGAGAAACGUGCUAAUGAAUUAGAGCAGAGUAUAGAUCACAUGAAAUAUCAAAAGAUACAGCUGCAAAAGAGACUUCGAGAAGAAAAUGAAAAAAGGAAGCAACUGGAUACAGAAAUUCAGCGGGAUCAACAAAAAAUCAAAGAACUAAAGUUAAAAACAGAACUGGAAGAAGGUCUGAAACUGAAAACUGAGGACCUAGAUGCAUUUAAGAUGGAAAGAAGAAAAGGUUUGUUUGGAAGUAUAGACCAGCUCCAGAAAUUAGAUGAGCAAAAGAAAUGGUUAGAUGAAGAAGUAGAGAAAGUUUUGAACCAACGCCAAGAAUUAGAGGAGCUGGAAGAAGACCUAAAGAAGCGGGAGGCCAUCGUUUCUAAGAAGGAGGCCCUGUUACAGGAGAAGAGCCACCUGGAAAAUAAGAAGUUUAGAUCUAGUCAGGCCUUAAGCACAGAUAGUUUGAAAAUAUCAACUCGCCUGAACUUGUUGGACCAAGAGUUGUCCAAAAAGAAUGUGCAGCUCCAGAGUAGCACAGCUGAAGAGAAAAUAAAGAUUUCAGAACAAGUUCAAGCCCUCCAGAAAGAAAAAGAUCAGCUACAGAGACGAAGAAACAGUGUGGAAGAGAAACUUAAAAAUGGUAGCGUGUUAUCGCCUGAAGAAGAACAUGCUCUUUUCCAACUUGAAGAAGGGAUUGAAGCUUUGGAAGCUGCAAUUGAGUACAAGAAUGAAAGUAUCCAAAGUCGCCAGAACUCGCUCAGAAUUUCAUUUCAAAACCUCUAUCAUAGUGAAGCAAACGUCUUGGAAAAACUAAUUGCCCUGAAUCCUACUGAGAUUAGAGCUAUCCUUUUCAGAUAUUUCAAUAAGGUGGUUAAUUUGCGAGAAACUGAGCGAAAACUACAGUUACAGAAUAAAGAAAUUAAAAUUAAGAUCCUGGAACGGGAUAAUAUGGUUCGUGAAUUGGAAUCUGCACUGGAACAUCUGAAAUUGCAGUGUGAUCGGAGACUGACCUUCCAACAAAAGGAACAUGAGCAAAAAAUGCAAUUGCUGUUACAUCAUUUCCAAGAGCAAGAUGGGGAAGGCAUUAUGGAAACUUUAAAAACAUAUGAAGAUAAAAUCCAACAGGUGGAAAAAGAUCUUUAUUUCUAUAAGAAAACCAGCAGAGAUCUUAAGAAGAAACUUAAGGAAUUGUUAGGGGAAGCAGUUUGGAGACCAUCUGAAUGUCAUGAUGCUGGAGAUGGAGUCCUGAACCCAGAAGAAGCAAGCAUGGUUUCAGAAGAAUUAAAAUGGGCAUCCAGAACUGAAAGUAUGAAAUUAAGUGGAAGGGAAAGAGAAUUAGACAGUUCAGCAAGCAGUUUAAGGACACAACCAAAUUCUCAGAAGCUCUGGGAAAAUGGCCCUGAAUUACCUCCCAUUUAUAGCUCUCUAGCACCCACUAGUGGACAUUUGUUAAGCGACGAGGAUAAAACAGAAAUAGAUGAAAAUCACUUUAGAAAAUCUCACAGUCAACCAUCACCCCAAAUUCAGCCAAUGGGAAAUGUGGGACCGCUUCAUGGUGUCAUGCCUGUAAAGUUGUGUCGCAAAGAGUUACGUCAGAUUUCUGCCUUGGAACUAUCAUUACGACGGUCCAGUCUUGGAGUUGGGGUUGGAUCUAUGACUGUCGAUUCCAUUGAAAUAGCUAGGAAACCGAGUGACUUAAAAACUUAGGUAGUUAUUCAUAGAACUUUUAAUUUGCUUUUCCAUAAUAACCAAACACACAUUUUCCAAUACUGUCAAGUAAUGGAACAUUUAAAUUUUUCCACUUACAAAUUUGUCUAAAAUUCUUUUCCAGGCAUAUUUGAAGAACAAGAUAAAGAAUAGAAUAAUAAACUAUAUAUCCAUCAAAUGUAUAUUACUAUAUAAUAUAAAAGUAUAUUAUGUAAGUAUGUUAUAAUGCAAUAAUUAUAUCAUAUAAGUUUGUGACUGUUAUUUUCAAAUACAAGUUGUUGGUUGUUUUUUUUUAUUUUAAAAUGAUCCAGUUAAAUAUUGCUUAUGUCAGAGGGAAAGUCACCUACUGCAUAUGUAUUGACACAGCUAAAAACCUGUGCCAAAAUGUAGUCUGGCAACUGGUUAGAUUUGUGGAUUAAGGUUAAUUUAUGGUCCUUAGAACCCACAGAGGUUGAGUGAUCAGUCUUGAUUCUUUAAACAUGGCCUCUGUUCUUUUUCUGGAAUAGUAUUUAGAAUGUUAUAAUAUUUGUUUGAUAAUAUUAUGGAAUACAUGUUUUCAUUUCUUUCCUGCCCUAUCUAUUCAACAUCUCUCUCUCUUUAUGCUACUAAAAAUGGGAGAAAUUAGUGCAGUUCUAUGAAACAGGGAAGCAAUAAUAGAAUAACACUAAAGCAUUCUAACAUUUCAAGGAAAAUAUAUCUGGUCACAUGAAAUCUAUAUAUAUAAAACCCUAAGUGACUGGUUGACCCUUCCACCAGUCGCUUUGAUGCGCACUGACCACCAGGGGGCAGGUAGAUGCUCAACGCAGGAGCCGCCCCCUGGUGGUCGGUCAGUCCACUCCCACAGCUGACUGACGGGCGCAACGGGGCUGAGAUGAGCGGGAGUGGCGCCCAGCCUGGGCUCAGACUGCUCCCUGGCCACCUGCUGCUUCACACACUACUACAUUCCUUGGGGGAUAUUGGACAGCGGUUUCUGCUCGAUUCCCACAGACCAGGUUAUCAGGCUGAAACCGGCAGUCUGACACCCCCUGAGGGAUCCCAGAUUGCGGAUUGUGAGAAGGGCUCAGGCCAGGCUGCGGGACCCCACUGGUGCAGGAAUCUGUGUACCGGGCCUCUAGUACACCUAUAAAGCUUGAAGUCUAGCCAGAAGAUCUUUAACUAAUAAUAUGAUGCACUUCAUCUGAGAAUUUUUUCUACAACCUGUUUAGUCAGGCUUUGCACCCAGACAGGCCAGACUACAUUGGGGUUGUAAGUAAGUAAAUGAAAAAUUUUCUUCAAUAUUUUUUUGGUCUAAAUCUUAUAUAAUAACUUCAUUUGGAAUUAAGAACUAAACAUUGAUUUGCCCAACAUAAUACAGUUUGCACUUUUGCACUAUAUUUUUCAAUCACAGAAAAUAUCCCGUUAUAAUGACCAGAGAGAUAUUUUGUUACUUUUUUACUUAUUUGUGAUUUUUAUUACUUUUCCAAAGUUUCACUUAAAAUAAAGUUGUUUCUUUAAUGUUUGGGUGGGAUGGUAGCAAAAACACCCUUACUUAUAGAUGCCUACUCAAUGAGUCACUCACUUCCUUGCUGACUCGAUUUUUUUCUUAUCUGGUGCUGCUAUUUUUUUCUUUUGCCCCUUUCUCUGUUGCUGUUGAGCCUGACCAUCUUACCUAAUACCCAAACUAUUACCCUGUGCUCAAAGACUUAAUGGUUCCUUUUUUUAGUUUCUAGCCCCUAGGGAAUAGGGUCCCCUGGUCCCACAGCUAUAGGAAAAGAAAACCAAACCAAUACAAACUUCUAAAUUGGCGAAUAUUUUAUAUAUCUCUUAAGCAUGGUACUAAAAUUCACUUAAAUUAUGGGUUAGACUUCUGUGGACUUACCUGGGAAAUGAACUACAGUUUUAUAACAUUGGCCCAAUGAGAAACUGCUUCAAACAAUGAAAUUAUAAACUAUCUUGGAAAUUUUGUUUUUAACGGACUAUUUGAAAUCAGAUUCUAGUUUUAAGUGAGUCUCCUUCUUUUGCCUUUGUUUUGUAUGAUAUAUAUUUAAUGUCUAUCCUAUGUAAUGUGUAAAUAUAUAAUGGCAAAAUCCAGUGCCUUAACAAAGCAUAGCAAUUAUAUAUUAAGCAGAAGCCCAGUGCACGAAUUCGUGCACAGGUGGGGCCUGGCUGGCCCGCCCUGAUCGGGGCUGAUCGGGCUGGGCUGGCCUGGGGGAGAGGCCUCGGGCAGUUGGCCAGCCAACCCCACCCCCUGGUUGAACUCAUGGUUGAACUCCUAGUCGAAGGGACAAUUUACAUAUUAGCCUUUUAAUGUAUAGGAUAAAUACAUAUUUAUUAAUGAAGGUCCCAAUUUUAAAUAACUUAGAAAUGAUUAAUGUAAGAAUGUAUUCUGAUACUGGAAUCCUGCUUGCCCAAGAAAUUGACACAUGUUUGUUUUAUCUGUGGCAAUAUAAACACAUUUUCUGAAAGCCAACUCAAAAUAAGAAGUUAUAUCCAACCAACAGUGAUUAAAUUUGAUAAUGCAAAUGUGAACUGACUUCUAAAUAGCAGAGGUACAGAUUUUUCCUUUCUCCAGUUAAACAUAUAUCCUUUCUAUGCUAUAUAAAUACACAAACACACACAUAUAAAUAAUAUCCUCAAUAAUACAUUCUGGAAGUGAACCUCUUAUCAUUUUAGUUUAGUUAGUGCCCUCACAAA